CGGAUUGCGGAGCCUAAUCUUGGCUCCAGGCUGGGCAGGAAGUUGGCAGAUGGUCGGCUGACGAGGCGCUCUAGGCCGAGCGGUUUUCGUCUCUAUGACCACAGGAGGCGGUCUCCGGUGUCCCGAGGAGGGCGCUUGGAGGGGGCGUGCGUCAGUUCCGCGCGGGGCUGUCGGGGAACCAUGGCUGCCCCAAGAGAAAAUGUCAGUUUAUUAUUCAAGUUAUACUGCUUGGCAGUGAUGACCCUGGUGGCUGCAGCUUAUACGAUAGCUUUAAGAUACACAAGGACAUCAGACAGAGAACUCUACUUUUCAACCACAGCCGUGUGUAUCACAGAAGUUAUAAAGUUAUUGCUAAGUGUGGGAAUUUUAGCUAAAGAAACUGGUAGUCUGGGUAGAUUCAAGGCGUCUUUACGAGAAAAUGUUUUGGGGAGCCCCAAGGAACUGAUGAAGUUAAGUGUGCCAUCAUUAGUGUAUGCUGUUCAGAACAAUAUGGCUUUCCUAGCUCUUAGCAAUCUGGAUGCAGCAGUAUACCAGGUGACCUAUCAGUUGAAGAUUCCCUGCACUGCUUUAUGUACUGUUUUAAUGUUAAACAGGACACUCAGCAAAUUACAGUGGAUUUCAGUUUUUAUGCUAUGUGGUGGAGUCAUACUUGUACAGUGGAAACCAGCUCAAGCUACAAAAGUUGUGGUGGAACAGAACCCAUUGUUAGGGUUUGGCGCUAUAGCUAUUGCUGUAUUGUGCUCAGGAUUUGCAGGAGUGUACUUUGAAAAAGUUUUAAAGAGUUCAGACACUUCCCUCUGGGUGAGAAACAUUCAAAUGUAUCUAUCAGGGAUUGUUGUGACAUUAGUUGGCGUCUACUUGUCAGAUGGAGCUGAAAUUAAAGAAAAAGGAUUUUUCUAUGGUUACACAUAUUAUGUCUGGUUUGUCAUCUUUCUUGCAAGUGUUGGAGGCCUCUACACUUCUGUUGUGGUCAAGUACACAGACAACAUCAUGAAGGGCUUUUCUGCAGCAGCAGCCAUUGUCCUUUCUACCAUCGCUUCAGUGAUGCUAUUUGGGUUGCAGAUAACACCCACCUUUGCUCUGGGUACUCUUCUUGUAUGUGUUUCUAUAUAUCUCUAUGGAUUACCCAGACAAGACACUACAUCCAUCCAACAGGGAGAAACAACUUCAAAAGAGAGAGUUAGUGGUGUGUGAUUUCAGCCUCAAAAGACUCUUACCAAGACAAAAACUGUUUGCAUUAAACUAGAGCCUUAAGUCAAUCCGAGAAGGUAGCUUAAACAAAAACAUGUUAACUGUGUCAUAAGAAUUAAGAAGAAAGCUAUCUGAAUGAACUGCUACAAAGAUUUAAUGUGACCUGUUUUGGGUCAACCUGUUUUGUUUCAGAAUGAAAGACUUUUAUUGUAUAUAUAAUGUAUAUAAAAAAGUAUGGAGAGGGUAUGAUAUUACAAAAAAAAUCAUGUGAGGAUACAAUAUUCAAGUAACAAGGUUUGGGACAAGGUUAAGGGUUAAAGUGCCAAAGCCAUUUCUGUACGAACUGUUUUCUUGUUCAGGAACCAGGGGAGAAGGAUGACCCCUCCUUGUUCUCCAAUUCAUGUACAGUAUUUCAUCCCAGCAGCAGUAAGACCCAGCUAGCUCUUUUCUUACAAAAGAGAGGCAUAAGCAAGCCAGGCUAGUUCAGAAACAAACUGAAUGUUUAACUUCUCAAACUGAAUCUAUUUCAUAAUGCAGGCAAUGACUUCUGGGUGGUGACAGAGUACUCCUGUUAAGUGCUGUAUUUGUGCCAUUCAUUGUCUGGAUUCGUAUUUCUUUGCUGUUAGAUGAUCUACUUUUCUUCAAAAAAUAUUUCUAAUGUCACUUUUGUACUUUUUUUUAUAAAGUAUGUUUAAAACUAUUGGGCUGUCAAUAAUUUGUGAAAUUUUAGUGUUUUUAAAAAUUUUUCUAUAAUGUUAAUGGGGAAAUUCAGCAAUAAACUUAAUUUAUUUAUAUGCAA